AUGGACCCCUACUCAUCAGAAGGAGAGCUGGUGAACAUGCACACAGCCUUCGUCCAAGGCCAAUAUCAACAAGUCAUCGACUUCGACACGUCAAUCUUCAGCGCUCCUAACCAGCCCUCUGCCCAAAUCCUCAAAUACCGCGCCCAACUCGCCCUGCAAGAUUAUGAUUCCGUAUCGUCUUCCAUCUCCUCCUCGGACGCUUCCUCAGACCCUUCUCUCGCUGCCGUAAAGGUCUACGCUUCGUACGCUGCUUCAUCUUUCACCUCCGACUCCGCCGUAUCGCAAGCCGAAUCCCUGUCGCAGAGCAACAGCGACAACCUCUCAGUCCAGCUUCUUUGCGGUGCCGUCCUCGCCCGUGCAGGCAAGACCGACGAAGCCAUCGCUCUUCUCUCCCAACACCAAGGCAGUCUUGAUGCCGUAGCCAUGUCGACCCAGAUUCACCUUAGCAAUAACCGCGCCGACCUCGCAGCAAAGGAAGCAAAGUCCGCUCGCUCAUUCGCACAAGACGCACUGCUUGUCAAUUUGGCAGAGAGCUGGAUCAGUCUCCGUGAAGGGGGUGACGCAAAGUACCAACAAGCAUUUUAUGUGUUUGAAGAGUUGGCCCAGGCACCUGGUUCGUCCGCUGUCACAUCAUUGGUCGCACAAGCAGUGUCAGAGUUACAUUUGGGCAGAUACCCAGAGGCCGAGACUGCCUUGCAACAGGCUCUGGAUGUCGAGCCUGAGAACACCACCGCAUUGGCCAACGCUGUCGUUCUGUUUACCGCCACAGGGGAUGUCGAAAGAGCCGCUGAGAUGAAGAAGAAACUACAAGGUACCAAGGGUGGUGAGGAGACUGAGCUUCUCCAAGGUCUUGCAGCCAAGAAGGAAGCCUUCGAUGCAGCAUGCGAGAAGUACCAGCCCAAGUUCGAGCCCUAG